GCGACGAAAUUCGCUUGUGGGGUUAAUUGGUGCUUUAGCAGGCGCGCCUUUUCAACGUGAAACGCGGGCGCUGCUACUUGGCUGGCAUGCGUAUCUCAUCCACCGGGCGUAGGCAGUAGGGCUGCGUAGUGGCGCUGCCUCGGGGCAUCGCGCGAAAAGCGGCAUUCCAGGGAACGGGGAAAGUUCGGGCAGCAAGGUACGCGCCGUGUGCUUCGACGAGAGCUCGACAGACGAGCGCGCGGGAGAGGGAGAGGCGAGCGGACUCGGCGGUUCGAACCGGACACAACCGGACGGUCGUGGCCUCCCUACCCCUAGCUUGGCUCGCGCGGGAGCUGCAGGGUGGGAGGCCGUCGACGGUGCCGCCGCGCGCAGGUGUGCUCCAUGCGGCCAAGGGCUGGUCAGAGGGCACGUGUUGAUCGGGACGUCUCGAUGUCGAGCAAGCGUCUCGCGGCGUCGCUCGAGUGCGCGUCUUCGCAAGCAAGCCGGAAUCUGCUACUCCACGACUGGAGAGACGUCGCAGAGCCACAAGACGCGCUGUCUGGGCCAACGGCAGGUCGCGGUGCGGCGAGGCGAGGCAAGGCGAGGCGAGGCGAGGCGAGGCGAGGCGAGGCGAGGCGAGGCGAGGCGUGGCGCGGCGCGGCGCGGCGCGGCGCGGUGCAGCGAGGAGAGGGGAGAACUCGAAGCGGAGCGGAGCCAUUGACCUCGCGCAUUCGCGCAUUGGCAUUGAGCGCGAGGGGCAGCGAGAGCGGUCGGUGAAUCUGGUCGAUCGUCGAUGCCGCUGCCAUUGCGGGUAUAUGUGGCCCGCGAGGCCUUCCGACUGGCUGGCCGAUCUUCGGGGACGUUCGUGCCUGCCCCGAUGACUUUCGCAGGCGCGCAAAGCAAAGCAGAGUGCUGAUUAGAAAGGCACGGGCUCGAUCGUGAAAGCCUGCAUACUUGCGGGGAGAGUCGGCGAGAGUCGGCGAGAAGCGCAGUGAUUGAUGCGCCAGCAGAGCCGAGUCCAAAGGAAGGAGCGCAGACGGCGAAAGGCCAGGCGAAUGGCGGCAGCACCAGACAACGCCAGCCGGACAACGACAAGCGCCGAUAAGAAGGCCGUGAGCCUGCUCGCCGACGAUAAGUCCGUCGCGUGUUGCGUGUCCGGCGCGAUUAGCUGAGUCAGCGCGACGCGAGCCGGCUGCCGUCGAGCGGCACAGGAAGCGCUCGUCGGCGCGAUUGGCCCUUUCGGCCGGGGCGAGCCACAGCUGGCGGCGGAAAUGCAGGAAACGGCCUUACCCGCAGUCGCCAGUCGCGUGGCCCUCGGCGGCGGGUGGGCGGCGGCGGCUGCUGCUGCUGCUGCCGCCAGCUCGCCGAGGAGCGCUGCCGGGCGCGCCAUGUGGUCCAGUGCCGAGGAGCCCAAGAGCAGAAUCAGGGUGCUGAAGCCCCCGGGCGGCGGUAGCAGCGACAUCUUCGGCGCGUCUGACUCCCCGGCUACGUCGCCCCGGCGCGCCGGCAAGCAGCCGCACAACCAGUCGUCGCUGAGCUCGAGCUUCUUCGCCGAGGGCCAGCCGCCGGCCGGCGCCAACGGCAGCCUUCCCGACUUGGCGCGCAGCAAGCCCGGUAAUGACUCGCACGACCGUCUGUUCGGUCCCCUCGGCGCCCCGCCACCCCCGACCCCACCAUCCAAGCACCGGCUACGCAGCAGCAUCUCGCUGGCCGGCGAGCCCGCGGCCUGCCCGCUGCGCACCAACGGCUGCCAGCACAACGACGUCGUGGCAUUUCGGAGAAUCAAGCGCUUUCGCGGAUCGUCGUCGGGCUUGCCACGCAACCCGGUGACCGGCGAUGGUGUCGACGUUAAGCCGCACGCCUCGAGGCGCAUCGUUCGCAGGACCAGAGAUGGCAAUCCAGUGACGGGCUCCGGCUACGAGGCUCAAAACGGCUCUGCGAAUGGUGCUGGUAGCGGCGCCUCGAGCGUCGCCAGCGAGAAAUCGAGCAGCGACUCGUCGCCCAGCAGCGGUGGUGCACCCAGACUGAAGAACCGCGUGCCACCCGGCGGCUUCUCGUCCGGCCUCUGGUAAACCGAACCACCUCCACCACCACCACCACCACCACCACCACCACCACCACCACCACCACACCGAGCAGCAUUCAUCGCCGACGACACUCGCCAUUGGCACCCUGUCAAAUUCCACUCAAUAAACUGCACUCGUCUCUCCCUCUCUUCACCUCUCUUUGCCUCGCCGCUGAUUCCUUCCUCUCCCUCCCCGAGCCCUUCCCUUGGCCGCCCUCCUUUCUCGGUUCGCUGUUCUGUUGGCGUCGAGUGUCCGUGCGCAACUUCACCCCAUCGAGAACCAAAAAAAAAACCCUAUCGUCAGAUAAUACUGUGCUAAUUAAGAAUUAUUAAUGUAUCUCUGAGAAAGACAAAUGCGCAAAUGCCCAUCUCCUUCGACAAGCGUCUAUUCACUUUGAUCGACUACUUGUAACGCCGGCUGAUUUAGCAGUACAUCCUUAGUUUAGACGAGCAGUGUCAAGGAGCCAAUUGCAUGUCCAGAAUGCAUGUGCUUUUAUUCCUUCGGAGAACAAAUUUAUCCUAUAAUUAGACAAAAAUGCAUCCUGCAUGAAAUAUCAAGUCAAGGAAAAGUGCUUUCUUAAUCUCCGUGCCUUUCAACACUAACUAUUAUCAUCAUUAUUAUUAUUAUCUAUCUUAAUUAUCAUUAAUCGAUUAAUUAUUACAGUCAUUCAUCGUGUACUCUCACUGACUACUCGAUAAUUAGACUUAUAUACAGAGACUUAGACGUUCGAAGAGAUAUAUUAUAAGAACAAAUACAAAAUCGCUUGACGUAUUAGGAAAUUUAACGUUACUCCGAUUGUCGUUAUUCAUUAUAUUCAACAGCAUCAUUUACGAAUAUCAUCAAUUAUUUAAAGAAAACAAUCGGAAUUACAAUUCGAAAAAUUACGUUUGAUGAAACAAUAUACAAUAUCAAAACUUUUAAGUUUCUUAUUUUUUCUCUUUUUUUCACUCUUUUCUUAGCUCUUGUCCAUCCCUGCAAAAGCACAUCGUGUUAACUACAUUGAUUCACCACGACUAUUUAUAUUACCCAUUUAAACAAAUAUAUCUACGUAUCGUUUCUUCAGGUGUUGCAAUACUAUUUUUUUCAAAACUGUUACAUCAAUCACCGAAUAAAAAUUGCAAUCACCCGAAUCUCUUUCUUUUAAGCUUAUCUUUUUUCACGGCUAAUAGAAUAAAGUUGUCUGCAAUCCUCUUUUGCGAGCUUAAACGCUAUUACGCGCUUCGUUUGUACAUCGUGUUUCAUCUAAUUAAUCGUAAAUAGCCUUUUUGUACUAUGGUAUCGAUAAAUAAAACAUUUUUUAAGUGACGCACGAUUAUUUCAAA